ACACACACACACACUCUCUAAUAUAUCUUCUUCUCAAAUUCCCAAAGAAUAAAAGCACAAUUCUCUUUGAGCCUAAUUCAAUAAAAUGGAUCUCUCCGAAAUUUUCGGUUUCUUGAUAAUCCUAAAAGAAACCCUAGUAAUCCUCCCGAAAAAUGGGAAACUCGUGGCCUCGAUCGCCUUUCUUUCCCUCCUCCUAUCUUCAAUCCUCAUCUCCUUAUUCGUUUACUUCUUACAAUCACUCUGGGCUAAUAUGCUCGCUUCUUACGCCAACCCCGAAUAUUCCGAUGCUCUGUACAACCCUAAUAAUAAUAAUAGUAACCACGUGCUGAAAUACACCUUACUUCUUCUUGUAGUCCAACUCUCCUUCUUGUUCAUUUUCGUCAUAAUAUCCAACUUACUUAGCACCGCAACUAUACUAGUAUCGGCAUUUUCUUACACCGGCAAGAAAUUAGAUUCGAAAGAUCUUUUCUCGAGCAUCAAACGAACAUGGAAGAAACCCUUCUCUAGAAGAUUCUCUUCAUCAUCAUCGUCCCGUUUUCGUUCAAUCGCUGUCGUUUUAGCUGUUAUCAUACUGUAUUCGUCGGUUGUUUCGGCUUUGUCGGUUGUGAUAUCUAUUGUUGAAGUUAGUUCGAGGAUGGAGGCGUUGGAAAAGGCCGAAAAGCUCGUUGAGGGGGGCCAGCGCCUCCAUGGAUUCAUGCUCAACUUGUUCUUCAAUCUGGUGGCGUUGAUUCUAAUUUUGCCGGCUUCUUAUUAUUAUAUCGAUAAAUUGUCCGUGAAUAAAUUCGCGAUUUAUUACGGGUUGUUCUUUUUGAAUUUCGUCUCCUUGUUGAACAUUUUUGUUUUUACGGCGUACACCGUGUUUUAUUACUGGUGUAAGAAGCACCACGGUGAAGAAGAAGAAGAAAAAGAAGAAGAUAUAAAUGUACAAUACAGUCAAUUACCUGCUUUGGAUAGUGAUAUUCCCUGAGGAUGGCU